GCCAGCCAUCCUUGCAUAACCUUUGGUGCUCGGCAAUCGUCCCACCAUGCCAGUCCGUCAGGAAUUCACACACAAGCACGAGGAAUUUCUGGCCAAGUACAUUGCCAAGUACAAUCCCCAGCAGGCGGGGCGUCAAGGGAAUGCACUAUAUCAGAGGCUCUAUGCGAACAAGGAGGGAAAGUGGCCCUGGGCCAAACGCCAUCCAUGGCAAUCCUGGAGAGAACACUAUCAGAAGAACCAGAAGAGGAUGGACGCGAUGAUCAAAAAAUACAUCCAGUCUGGUGGAGAUGGUCCUUCACAAAUACCUGCUCCGUCGGCCCCUUCCCCACAGAAAUCACCCGGCCGUGCUCGCGUCCCAUUCUCACAGGAAGACGAUGACAAUCUAGUCGAGUAUCUCGCCACACGCCCUCAGAUAGGCAGUCUCAAUGGGCAGAAGUUCUGGCAGGCGCUCGAACAGGACGAUCUUCCAUGGAUAGAGAGACAUUCGUGGCAGUCCUGGCGUGAACGGUAUAAGAAGAACCCUAAGUACUUCGACUGGGCCGUCCGACGUUACCACGCCGGAGAUGACUUCGAUGAGGACGAGGUGCCAAGACCGAAAACAGUCGAGAAUCAGGGCGUUCCGGGGCUAUCGACGGGGCCGCGGGUCUCCGCGCAGGUGCGCAGCCAAGUCGGCAAGCAGAGCAAAGCACAAGCGCAGACUGGACAGCGUAAGCCAGUACCCCCUCCUGUCCCCGAACAGACGCGCAAGCGAGCGCGUGCGAGUGAAGCGAAGAAUGAGGAAGGGCGACCGGUGAAGAAGAAGCGCGUGGAAGAAACCCGAGUGGCUGUUGACCGAGAAGAGGAUCCUGGUCCCUCCACCCGCUCGCAGACAGCAGUAGCCGACGACGUAGAGGACGAGGUUGCAGAUAAGGCCGCGGAUGCGGAUGGCCCGCUCCAAGAAGAUGACGCGCAUGAAGAUGAGGAUGAGGUGGUCGGAUCCGACGAAGAGGACGAAAGCGCGGAGGAGCCUGACGGCCCUGUGGGCUCCGAUGACUACCGCAACGAGAUUUUCGACUCGCCUCCGGUCGCGUCGGCUGCCGACGACGACGAACCCGCCCCAGCAGGGGAGCAGGAGUCUACGUUUAGCGACUCCGAGAAGGAACAGGACGAGCUCGAUGAAUUGCUGGAGGACGAUGGCAAACCUGCCGAGGGCGUGGCUCGCCCGCAGGAUACGAUGGAGGUAGAUCAAAGGGACGACCCGCUGGCAGUCCCGGAGUCGGAAAACGAAGAUCAGGGAGUGGAGAUGGACCAGGAAACGUUCGAGGCUACCGACCGUCCUCAAGAAGAAGCUCCUGUCGCGGGCCCAUCUGGCGUAAACGCUGCCUCUUCGUCUGCUAAUCGCUACACCGAGUCUCAUGGUCCGCCUGCCCGUAAACCUAACACUCGUAUCCGCCAUAUUGAUGACCCGCUGGUCACUCCAGAACUGUCACCCACGCAGGAGGCCGCAGCGCGACAUCAAGAUCCACGCCCUGGCCCUCGGCAGCACGCAAAGCGCAUCAAGAGAGCAGCAGCAGACGACUUCUUCGGGACACCACCACCCGCGCAAGGGACCAAAGGCAGGAACCCAAGCUCCCCGACAGCCGAAGCGGAAGCUCGUCACCACGCGCACGAUCGGACGGGGCCACGCCAGCCCCCACGUCUCGUCGAAGGGCCAUUCAACAAGGCUUUCUCGGACUCUCGCGGGCGACCCCGCACCAGCCCUACCGGCAAGGGCCCCAGGCGAUCCGGCGUCAACUUUGACGACGAGGCCGACGUGAUCGGUGUGCAAGACACUCCCGCAUACGUCCCUGAAGCAGACGAGCACGACGAGGAGCACGAAUCGGAACUCGCGCAGUGGCCGCCCGUUCGCCGGAAGAGCAGCGGGAAGGCGAAGCAGCGUCCUCCGCCCCCGGCGACUCCGAGCCCGAUGGGCGUGUCUGAAGGCAAGCAGCGCGAGCGGACAGUGACGACUAAGACCGUGAGCGUCCGAACAGUGCACACGGUCGAACGCAGGGUUGAUCGUCGUCCGAAGGGCACCCCGUUCCCCCGCGGAAAGCUCCUGGCAGCCGCAGCGGCAGAUGAGGAUGAGGACGAAGACAAGGACGAAGACCAGGCGACCGAGCCUGGCCCACCGGCAUCGCAGUCACAGAGUGUGGCGCAAGACGACCGUUCUCCCACCAGCGACGACGAUAUGGAGGUCGACGAUGGCGACGAUGCAGACGAUAACACCUGGCUCGCGCAGUCGCAGCAUCACCCUUUCAGCCAAGUCCCCCAUCCGUUUAGCCAGCACGUCGCGCCGUCGCCAGUGCGCCGUCCAAUUGGUACUCACGUCAACCCACUGCCCAAGGCGGACGUAUCGCGCUUCCGGAGCCUCCUGGAUCCCGGACAUCCAGUCGCUGGGCCUAGCGGAACGAGGUCGGCAUCUAAGCCUCAAGCUCAAGUUCCGCGACCCAAGCGUGCUCCUCUGGGGGAGAUCGAUAGCGCGAGGUUAGAGGAAUUGCUGCGCGCAGAGGGAAGACACCCCUUCCCCGAACCUAGCAAACCCUCCCCAGACUCGAUCAUCUCAGCCUCUCCAUCCGACCAUCCAGACAGCUCGCCCCUCGCCGACAAGGGCGAUUCACAAUCUGGUGUCGCCGUACAACGAGGUCAGCUCUUCCCCGCGGUUGCCUCUGGGUCGCGCGAUCCGGCACCUCGAGUUGACAAGGGCAAGGGACGGGCCGACCGACCUCCUGCUGACGCCCAUCGAAGGUACACCACUGCCCAGGACGUCUUCUGGCAGCCAGAGCAGCACGUGGACUCGUCCACCUCCAAGCAGCCCAAACGCCGCUCUCUCCCGUCACGGUUCCACCUCGGCGACAACAGCCACCUAGCGAACUACUCCGCGCUCAGCCUCGCCUUCGGCGCCCUCCCCUUCGGCCACGCGCGCACCCCGUCCAUCCCCUACACCAAAGCGCUCUCGCGCUCCGUCUCGCCCGCGAAGUCCGCACGGUCCGCGAACGCGUCCCUCGCGGACACGCUCCCCGAGAGCGAGCUCGAGAUGGUGAAGGAGCUCGGGAUGAACGCCGCGUUGCACAUCAUGGCGCGCAACCACGGCUUCAACGAGGACACCGUGCGCGCGGUGUACCUCGAGACGGGCUCGCUGCAGCUCGCGGACAACGUGCUGCGCGAGAUGCGCGAGGGCGCGAACGACCGCGCGAGCGAGGCGCUCUCCGAGCUCAUGUCCGACGAGGAGCACGAUGAGGAGCACGACGAGGAAGAGGAGGAAGAGGGCGCACCUGCGGAGGAAGAGGCGGAGGUCGAGCGCGAGCUCACGCAUCCGCCAGAGUGGCCCCAGGACGGGGCGAGCUUCGACCUGGCGGACGAGGCGCCGCUCGCGGAGAGCAGCCGCAUCGACGCGUCGCACGUUCCGGCGCGCGACUCGCGCAAGCGGCAUCGCCUGUUCAUCCAGCCGGUGGUGGACAAGCGGAACUCGAGCGUCGACACGCAGUACUCGCCGCCGAAGAACACGAGGGCUGCGAAGCACCUCAAGCGUGAGCGCGAGAGCUUGGGGCAGUCGCGUCGGGAGAGUGCGCCUGUGGCAUCCCCUAUCGUAUCGCAAUUGAGCAACGGGUUCGGGGGCGGCGUUGAGUUUGGAACCCUCGCGCGUCUGAAGAGUGAUGAUUGGCAGAAGCUGGAGGAGAACCUCGGGAAAGGGGCUGCGAAGAUGAUCGCUGGACAAUCUCUGGCCAAGUUCCUCCAGCAAUGAUUUACUGUACAUGCUCUGUAACGCUUUGUAGUUGAAUCUGUAUCUACGGACGAUGUCGGACUCUACGUUCAUUGAACACUUGUACCACUUACUUACAUAGCUAGUGCUUUGGCCCUACGGGUCUGGCAAUGAAGAUACUGC